AGUGAGAGGGGGAGGAAGGCAGAGCCGGCCAGGUGAGAGGUUCUGGCCGGGCUGGUGGCUUCUGGUGGCUCGGUGCCCGGCACCACCACUGCGGGGUUGUGGCAGGGACAUGCUGGCACCCCUGGCACUGCUGGCACCCGAGGCACUUCUGGCACUGCCGUCACCGCUGGCACUGCCACCGCCUCGGUGCAACCCCAGUGUGCUGACCGUGCCACAGAGGUAGCACUGCUCUGGUGAGCCCAGGCUUGCUUUUUGCCUCUCACGUUCCACAUGUUAUUUGUGCUGAAUAUAUGUGGAAAAAAUAAAAGAGCUGGGUAAUUGUUGUGGCUGUUACGGUAAAUGAGUAACAGGGAGGGCGAGGGCAGGGCGAGCACUGCUAUGUGUGCUGUUACAUUCGUGGUGCUGGCAGCUGCUUCGUUUCCCUUUAAUCCAUCCCUUCCUCAGGGUCCCCUAAAUCAGGUGGUUUUAAGAAUCUGACCAGGAGAGGAGUGGAGGGGAUUUAAGAAACCUGAAGUGCUGCCUGGUCCUUUAGCGGAGCGAGGCCUUGGAAGUGCCUCCUCUGGCAGCAACAGAGCAGGACCACACGCAGUCAUGUUUGUAAAACCAGCCCUCUGUUGGAGAGCUCGCAGCUCUGAGACGCCUUUAAUGGGACUAUUAAUAAAACAUCGCUGCUUUGAUAAGGUGCGAAGGCCACAGAAAAUUCAUCUGCAGGAAUAUGCUUUUGUAAUUAAGCAGGGAAGUGUCUCGGUAAAAGGAGACGAGGCUUUUCACCGCCCCGCAAGGGGGUUUCUAAUGUGCUAGCUUGAAAUGUGUUGGAAAGAUUAAAACAAGCAUUCUCCCUUAAUUUAUAGACUGGUUAGUGUCUUUGGCAGAAACCUGAGGAAAAGUAGUAUCAAUUAACUUUGGGAUUAGAUGCUCGCUUAUAUGAGAGGAAAAUGACGGCCGUUUGGUGGUUUUGGCAGACUCGCCUGUAUAGCUCAACACGGAGCUUCCGCCCAGUCAGCGACGCAGAUAGAUAAUACUGCCACAAAAUACGUGUGUUUUGCAGUCACUUAGAAACCAUGGUGUGCUCAUGGUGAGAGGAAGGCUCCUGCCUGGAGGAUUCCCAUUUCCAAAGCCUGAGUUUCCACGGACGUGCGCCCGGCAUCGCGUGCCGGGUCCUGGCGCGCUCCUUCAGCGAUGUUUGCUUCGGUUACCUUUAGUCUAAAUGGAUGUGUACAUCUGUGCGUGUAAACAGUCGCCGAAUUAAAUAAUAGGCGAGGGGAAGGUAUUAGGAGGCUUGAAACGCUACUGAGGAGCAAUGCUGGAGAGGCAAUUUCCUGUAAUUGCGGAGGAGAAAGUGCUUGUGGCAACGCCUCUGGGAGCGCGUCGAAGCGGAAAGAGCACCGGGAGCCGUGCGCGGGGCGAGGGAGCGGAAUAGGAGAGAGCUUGUAACACUGAGGAAAAGGAAGGAAACCCUCAGAUGUGGGGCUUUAAAUAUCUAAGAGGGUAAUGUUUCCUACAAGGUCAGCUCCAGGGAUGAAACCCAUGGAUCUCCUCUCUGCGUCGCUCAAAUUUUGGCCCCGUAAUACCGGUGCAUCCAACUUCCCUGUGCUGUCGUACACAGGAUGUGCUUCCAGCUGUCCCUACCUGCUGCAAAGGGCUGGGGCCAGCCACUUGUGGGCUCCCUUAGGGGAAUGUAUCAAGAGACCAAGAUCAAGAGAAGGCUGCCUGUAGCCUUCCUCACCUCCAUGCAUACAGCUGGAACUGCUGCAAAAGACAGGAGCUUGUGUGACCACAGGGAAUCCUUUACUGAAUAAAAUUGCUGGCUUGGAAGGGCUGCACUGGGGAAUCUUAGGAGAAUGUGUCUAUUCAGUUGUAAUUGUGGUUUAUGUUGCGUGUUUUUUUCCUCAGAAAAAAAACAGAAACACCUCCCAUGCAGCCCAUUGUGCCCGGUUCUGCAGGAGACUUGCGGCCACCUGAAGGAGCAGUGGUGGUUAUUGAUUUCACAGGGUCAUGGAGGCAGGGUGGUGAAAGCUCUGAUAAAAGCUGGGAUUCACACCCUGCUGCCAAAAUCCUGACGGACCUAAAGUGAUUUUCACUCUGAUUCUCUGUGUCUCUGUCCCUGUGAAACAGGAGCAGCACAUUUCUGUCGUUUGCCUUGUCUCGUUAGCUCGUGAGUGUGACAAGUCAGAGAUUUCUGCACUGUGCCUGUGGUAAAGCGGGUAAAUUGGUGUGGGUGAUCAUGUUUGGUUCUUGUAAACCUGUGAACUCAGCUGGCCAGGAGCUGAAUCAGCCCUGGGAGAGUGGAGGAGGCAGGUGGGCUAUGCUCCCCAGGUGCUGUGUAGCUGUGCUGAGAAGUGGCAACUGGGGGGAUGUGGCCACUGCAGGGCCACGUGGGGAAGGUUAAGGCUUGUGGCCAGCUGGAGGGAGGGGUAUAAAAGCAGCUCUCUGUACUUAGGAGCAUAGAAAACAGACUGACAAAGAGAGGAAUGUCAAGCAAGUGCAACAAAACCAUGAUUCUCCCACCACGGGGGACCCAGCGCUGCAGGGGUCUGAGGGAGGAGAAGAGCUGACCUGCUCGGGUCGGCCCUGCCCGCCGUGAGGGCCGCAGCCGCGCCUGGGGCAGGCAGAGGAGACACGAGGGGUGCCAUGUCCGGCCUGCGAGCUGCCAGAAGCGAGGGCUACGUGCAGGAGCUGUUCCACGAGGAGGCACAGCAGGUGUCUCAAACGCAGACCAGGCCCUGGUGGAAGAUUCAGCUGUUUGUGUGGGAGCCGGUGCUUUUUGGAACAUGGGACGGCGUCUUCACCUCCUGCAUGAUCAACAUUUUUGGAGUGGUUCUUUUCCUGAGGACGGGAUGGCUUGUGGGAAACACUGGAGUUGUGAUGGGCAUGUUUCUGGUGUCCUUUGUGGUCCUGGUUGCCCUGGUGACAGUCUUAUCUGGAAUUGGGGUUUGUGAGAGGUGCAGCAUUGGAAGUGGAGGUGUCUACUCCAUGAUUUCUACUGUCCUCGGAGGUCAAGUUGGGGGGACCAUUGGCUUCCUUUAUAUUUUUGGCCAGUGUGUUGCAGGUGCCAUGUACAUCACGGGCUUUGCGGAGUCCAUCGCGGAUGUGCUGAGCCUCAGCAACAUCUGGGCAGUGCGGGGCAUUUCCCUGGCCGUCCUGCUGGGGCUGCUCGGCAUCAACCUGGCGGGAGUGAAGUGGAUCAUCCGCCUCCAGCUCCUGCUGCUCUUGCUGCUGGCUGUCUCGACGCUGGACUUUGUCAUCGGGUCCUUUUCGCACCUUGAUCCAGAGCACGGCUUCGUUGGCUACUCCGAAGAGCUUUUGUUCAACAACACGCUGCCGGACUACAGCCAGGGGGAGUCCUUCUUCACUGUUUUUGGAGUGUUUUUCCCAGCUGCCACAGGUGUGAUGGCUGGGUUCAAUAUGAGUGGAGAUCUCCAGAAGCCUGCUACCAACAUCCCCCUAGGGUCUCUGGCUGCUAUUGGCACCUCGUGGUUUCUGUACAUGGUCUUUGUCUUCUUGCUGGGAGCCAUUUGCACCCGCCAGUCCCUCCGCUACGACUUCAUGAUAGCAGAGAAGGUAUCCUUGGUGGGUUUCUUGUUUUUAUUAGGGCUGUACAUCUCGUCCCUGGCCUCCUGCAUGGGAGGGCUCUACGGAGCGCCCAGAAUCCUGCAGUGCAUCGCCCAGGAGAACGUGGUCCCCAUGCUCGCCUUUCUUGGACGCGGGAAAGGACCCAACAGGACUCCAGUGGCUGCGAUUUGCUUAACAAGUCUUAUCACCAUGGCUUUUGUCUUCAUUGGGCAAGUGAACGUUCUUGCUCCGAUAGUGACCAUCAACUUCAUGUUGACAUACAUUGCUGUUGACUAUUCCUAUUUCUCGAUCUCCUUGUGCUAUGAUGAUCAGCAAAAAGCUGGCAGGACACAGGUGGAAAACACUAAGCCUCCAACCUCUUCCCAGCCUUUGAUUUUCAACAAGCCCUCCAGCCAUGCAUCAGAUGGAGUAAUUCAAAGCAGAUCGAAUGGCACCUUGCUGGAAUUCACAAAAGACAUGGACCAGCUUUUUAAACCAUUUCGUAACGAGCCAAGUGCUAGCAAAAAAGGAGCUGAGAGUGUAACCCAAAAGGUCAAACAGAAAAAGGUGAAGAAGCCAGCCAAGCAAACGUUACAAGACAGCUUCCUUCUGGAUCUUGAUCACGAUGCUCCUCCAGCUCAGUGUGGCUGGGAUGAGACUGCAGAGUCCCACCACGAAAGCUGGCAGGACCUCACUGAGCAGGGCCACCAGCUGGAGGUGGGUCCGUGCUGGUCGCCUGCUGCGGACACCCAGGGGACACCUGAGCUGCUGGGGCAGGGGGAGCAGCUCUGCAGUCAGGUGCCAGCACUCUGCAGCCAGAAGGUGGAAGGUGAGGGUAGAGUUCAUCGUAAUGAAUCACAGGAGAAGUUCCAAUGUAAUUUCCCAUGGAAGAUUAAUCACAGGAAAGCAGAAUCAUCGGUAAGGCAACAAAAUCUAGAACUGGGAAUUCAGCAAAUUCCAGAAUCAUUCUACUCCAGAUUCUGCAAUCACUGGGUGUCCUUUGCUGGUGCAAUCGUGUCCCUCAUCAUAAUGUUUGUCAUUCAGUGGAUCUACACCCUUGUCAGCCUGGGAGCAGCAGUUAUUCUGUACUUCUACAUUGGCCAAGUGAGUCCAGGACUCCCCCUGGGAGCAGCAGCGAAUUUCAGUUUGUUCAGCUGGAUUAAGUCAGCUUUGAUCACCUCAUGCAGGAGAAGGCCAUCUCCAAAGGAGCAGAUCGUUGUGACACCGGCCUUUGCGACAGUUGGCAUGGAGACCACGCAGCUCACCGAGGAGAACGCAGACUUUGCCUCUCGAGACCGCUAUCACCAGUCCUCCCUUAUCAGCAGAGAAGAGUUUGUGAAUCAGUUUCAGUAAAGGGGGAGGACAGAAAAAAUACCGAGCUGUUGCUUCUGAAAGGGCUGAUAAGUGCUAGUCCCUGCCACGGGGCCUUGUGAAAUACUUGAAUGUAUAUGGAAAGGAUGUGAAUAGUUAUUUACAUAUUCAAGACUUGUUUGUUUAUGCAAACUACAGCAAGCCCAGGUUUCAAACCGUAUCCAAAAGGGAGGAGGAUAAAACCAACACGCAAAUGAAAGGGCCGAUCCAGUGAAGUGAUGAGUUACUGAGAAUGAUAUAAUCCUUUAAAAAAAAAAUCAAUUAUAAGCACUACUGAGCUCUGAAUACUGCCGCUGCUGUAAGAGCUAACAACACCCGAUUUCAGAUGUCCUCUAGGGGAGCAGGGCAGCAGUGUGCAUUGUAUUUGCGAGCAGUGACCUCAGAUGCAGGAGCCGAGUGCCCGGUCCCAGCUGUGCCACCGAUGGAUGCGACCUUCCAGGUCAAUUCACUUCUCCUCCCGGCGUGAAUUUGCCUGCUUGUGAUACAGCAAUUUUCUACCUCAGUGUUUCAAUUACCAAGGUCUUAGAAAGUACUUUGAGGCAUUAGACAAUAGGCCAGAACCAGUGGCAAGUGCAAGAGGAUUAUGAAAUAUAUUCGUAACUGGAAUCGAACCUGCGCGUUUCUAUGCAGUAAUGCAGUAUAAUGAACUCUUCUCUACUGUGAAACCACGAACUGAUGCCUUAGCAUCUUUUCAUAGUGGCUUCCCACAUCCUUUCUGAAACAAGAACCAAGACGUAAAAUCAAAGCUAUCUCCAAAUACAGCAUCUCUUGGAUAAAAGGAGAGAUGAUUCAGAAGUGCCUUAACAAAAUGCAUUUUGCUAAUUCUGCUUCAAGCUCAUCCUGUGCUGAGCUUUAUAGAUGUAUGCACCUAAGUAAGAGGGGGAAAUCGCUGCCUCUCGCUUCCUGUAAUCUCUGAUCAUUUCAGCCAUUAAAUUAUUUAUUUCUUCUGUGCAAUAAAAAAACUUCAGACAGCA